GGUGCCCUGCCUCCCUUACACACGCACUCUCUAACAUCACCACGCAUUCUUUCCCCACUGUGCAGUCUCUUCUCUUUUUUCCUCUCACCACCAGCACCACCACACUGGAUAUUAAAGAAUCACCCACAGGACCUUAUAGCCCCGUGAUCAUCAAACAUUUGGAAGAUCAUUUUUGAUUUUGAGAAGGCAGGGGCGCGGAGGAGACGACGGAGGGAGACGCCAGCCUCCAGGACAGACCACUUGACACCUCGAUAUGCAGUAGGUAGUGUGAACGCGAUUCUGCGGAGACUAUAGCAAGGCCAUUCCAUGGCAUCUUGAGAUUAACAAACAGUGGUCCGCUCUGUGGCUCUGUCUAUUUUUUUUUUUUUGGUCAACGACGGUGAAGAAGUGGGUUUUUUUGUGGGGGGAAAGAAAUCUCUCAAUAAUUAAAUCCCAGCACAUUCCGUCUGGGGGUAUCGUGUGGGCUUAUCAUUGGGACCUACGAUGGACACCGGCGCGGGGAAAUGUGGAAUGGCCCGUCUUGGAUUCUUCCUUCUGCUCCUCGUUCUGUGGAGGUCUGGCGACGGGUGCCCCGCAUCGUGCUCUUGCAGCAUCUCGCGGAUUGCUUGUAUUGAUUCUGUACCGGGCAUCGAGGAUUUCCCGUUUCUUACGUUGGAUGACAUGGAAAACAUCACCGAAAUAUACAUUGCGAAUCAAAAUAGAGUGUCCGACAUCAAUGACAACAGUCUGAAGUACUACAUAAACCUACGGAAUUUAACAGUAAUCAAGUCUGGAUUGACUUUUGUUACACCAGAUGCAUUCUUCAACAACACAAGACUCCAAUAUGUAAAUCUCAGAGACAACAAUUUAUCAACACUGUCAUGGAAGACAUUUCAAAAUCUGAACACUAGUUACACGCUGCUCCUCUCUGGUAACCCCCUGGCGUGUGUGUGUGGGAACCUGUGGAUCAAACUGAGGCUCCAGGAAGACCCAGACGGCCAGGACCUGAAGUGCAUCGACGACUCGGGAGUGGGGCGGUCCUUGAUUGAGAUCACUCCCCCGGACUGUGUGUUUCCCCAGGUAGAGGUCACCCCCUCCAUCGUCACCAUGAUGAAAGGCAGCGACGUGAAGGCCGUGUGUCAGGCCUCGGGCUACCCGGCCCCCGGGAUCCUCUGGAGGUUGGAUGCUGUCAUGCUGUCCACCAGCUACGAGAUCGAUGUAUCGGAACUGGAAAGCGGACUGUCUCUCUCGGGGCUCUCACCCGAAGACAACGGCAAGGAGAUCUUCUGUAGCGCGGAGAACGUGGUGGGCCAGACCGAGGCGAGCCUGAAGCUCAACGUCCUCUUCGGCCCCACCAUCAAGCAGCUGCUGGGCCCGCAGAACAACCACCACUGGUGCAUCCCCUUCAGUGUGACGGGCAACCCCAUGCCCAAGCUCCUGUGGUACCACCAGAACACCCUGGUGAAGGAGCAGGACCACAUCUACACGCGCAUCCACGAGUCCACCAACAGCGAGUACCACGGCUGCCUGCAGCUGGUCAACCCCACGCACAUCUACAACGGGGAGUACAAGCUGGUGGCCCGCAACGAGUACGGGGAGGACCAGAAGAAAGUGUUAGCCGUGUUCAUCAACCCUCCCUAUGACGGACACUCGGGUGACUGGAGUUUCCUCUACGAUGAUAUUUCCCCCCCAGGAUCCCCAAUUCCUCCCUUGGACGACAGCGUGGCCGUGUACGUGGUGGUCGGCAUCGCAGGGGUGGCCCUGACCGGCUGUGUUCUCAUGGUGGUCAUCCUGAAGUACGGAAGGAACUCCAAGUUUGGUAUGAAAGGCUCCUCCUCGGUCAUCAGCAACGACGACGACUCGGCCAGCCCUCUCCAUCACGUCUCCAACGGCAACAACACGCCGUCGUCCUCGGAGAUGGGCCCGGAUGCGGUGGUCAUCGGCAUGACAAAGAUCCCCGUCAUCGAGAACCCGCAGUACUUCCGCAACUCGGGCGGCAUGCUGAAAUCCGACACGUUCGUCCAGCACAUUAAGAGACACAACAUUGUGCUGAAGAGAGAGCUGGGGGAAGGGGCCUUUGGCAAGGUCUUCCUGGCUGAGUGCUACAACCUGACCACAGAGCAGGAGAAGAUCCUGGUGGCAGUGAAGACGCUGAAGGAGGCCAGCGAGAGCGGCCGGGCGGACUUCUACCGGGAGGCGGAGCUUCUGACCAACCUGCAGCACGAGCACAUCGUGACGUUCUACGGCGUGUGCGUGGAGAGCGACCCGCUCAUCAUGGUGUUUGAGUACAUGAAGCACGGCGACCUCAACAAGUUCCUACGGGCUCACGGCCCCGAUGCCGUGCUGAUGGCCGACGGCCAGCACAGCCUCAUGGUGGAGCUCACCCAGUCCCAGAUGCUCCACAUCGCCCAGCAGAUCGCCGCGGGCAUGGUCUACCUGGCCUCCCAGCACUUUGUGCACAGAGACCUGGCCACCAGGAACUGCCUGGUGGGGGAGAACCUGCUGGUCAAGAUAGGGGACUUCGGCAUGUCCAGGGACGUCUACAGCACAGACUAUUACAGAGUGGGCGGUCACACCAUGCUGCCCAUCCGAUGGAUGCCCCCGGAGAGCAUCAUGUACCGUCGGUUCACCACGGAGAGUGACGUGUGGAGCCUGGGGGUGGUGCUCUGGGAGAUCUUCACCUACGGCAAGCAGCCCUGGUACCAGCUCUCCAACAACGAGGUGAUCGAGUGCAUCACCCAGGGCCGGGUGCUGCAGCGACCCCGCACCUGCCCCAAGGAGGUGUACGACCUGAUGCUGGGCUGCUGGCAGCGGGAACCCUACAUGAGGCUCAACAUCAAGGAGAUCCACAGCCUGCUGCAGAGCCUGGCCAAGGCCUCCCCGGUCUACCUGGACAUCCUGGGUUGA